GAAAAUGCGGGUAAAUGGAAGAAAACCUGGAGAGCAGAGAAGAAAAAUAAUAAUAAUCAACCAAAAACAUCAUCGCCUUUUCUCAGCUCCUUGUUGUCGUGAGGAGAAAAUCGUGGAGUGAACCGGGCUGGGAACUUAAUAUUAGGAUUUUAUUUAUUUAUUUAUUUUUAAAAUUGGCACUUUGGUCAUAUGACCAGACAUAAGCGUCAUGACCGGAAGUGAAAGUGUAAAAGGACUUACGUUUUUUCCGGUGGGGGAAAAUUCAAGCAGAUUUACAUCUAAAGGCACCACUUUUUUUUCAGCGUCGUGUUUACAAUUCAUAUUUGAAUUUCUGGCGCUCAUAUGGACUUCAUACCGACUGUACCAAUUUUAUUUUUCCUGUUGGGAAUCUGUAAUAAAGGUUUAGCAGUUUUGAUCCAAACCCAGCAGACGGUGUUGGCAGCAGUAGGAGAAGAUGCUCCUCUCAGCUGUCGGCUCCUGGUAACUAAAGACGUCCAGCAGGUCACCUGGCAGAAAGUGUUGGAGAAAACAGAGAGGAAUAUUGGUUCCUACAGCCAGUAUUUUGGUGAAACAGUGAAUCCUGGAUUUAAAGAUAAAGUUCAGUUUACAGAAGCUGGACUGCAGAAGAACUCUAUAGUUAUCAGGAACGUUACAGAGCAGGAUGCAGGAUGUUAUCUCUGUCUGUUCAACACCUACCCUGAUGGAGCUCUGAUAGCUGCAACCUGCCUGCAGGUUUAUGAGCUGCAUGGACCCUUCAUUAAUGUCAGCAGGUCAAACUCUCCUCCAUGGUCGGUUGUGACCUGUUCAGCCACAGGUCGACCUGUUCCCAUGGUAACACUGACUGUUCUCCAUCAGAACCUCAGCUUCUCCCACUACAACACCAGUACAGAGACCAACACUAACGGUACCGUCACCGUCACCACUAAAGUUCUGCUCUCAGAUCUCAGCAGCAGACAGGUUGGAUGUUCAGUGUCAGUGGACUCUGCUGCUCCCAGAGAGCUGCUGGUCACCGUUCCUGAGGUCAAAGGUUCGUCUGAUGACGGGUUGACUAAACAAUCUCGGUCAUAUCACCUCGCCCCCAUAUGGCCUUUGAUUGCUGCAGUGAUGCCAGUCAUGAUUUCUUUAGCUUUCCUGCUCAGAAUAAGAUAUCAGAGAAGCCACAGGAAUAAGAAACCUUCAGAGGACACCACAGAAAAUCAGAAGAUGAACAUCUCAACAGCUUCGAGCAAAAACCUCAGACAACAAACACCUGAAAAACAAAAACUAAACAGUGGGUUGUACUCAUCGCCAUGACAACAGAAACACUACAUUUUAACCUUUUUGUUUGGUUAACCCACCAAUAUGUAAUAAGGCAGCUAAUCCUCAAGUUAAUUAGAUAAAAGCCGGUAACCAAGUUUUUGUCUCAAUUCCACUGAACAACAAUCAGUGUUUAUAAUUGCAAGAGCAUGAAAUAUUUUCUAUUUUUGUAUUGUUUUCAGUGAUGCUUUGUUUGGUUUUUACACCAAAUUUGAUCAAAAAUGAUGACAAAACAUUUCUUAUAAAGAUGCUGUUAGACAAAAAAUGCAUCCUGCACCUUUUCAAGUAUUGCUUAAUUGUUUUCCUGUUUUUUUUUUUUUAUUAUUAUUAUUUUUUUACAAUACUAAAGAUUAUCUUUUAAGUAUCUUCACACCAGGUGACUAAAGGAGAAGAAUGUAUUUUUGUUUUUGUACUGAAGGUAAUGUAUUCAUCUACAUAAUGAAUUAGACAAAUGUCGAAGUUACUGCUGCUGAUUCAAAAGAAACUGCAAUUAUGAAGACUUUAUGCUUGGUAUUUUUUAAUCUUUGCAAACUUUCAGGAUUUCCGAUGAAAUCAAUGAUGUAAAACCAGAAAGAAAAAUGUUUUACAUUUAAUAAUGAGAAAUAAAAUUUUUUGUAUCUUUUCUUUUACAUACAUUUAAAACAAUGUGAACUUAGAAUUACAGGCAAAGGAAAAGUAUCAUAUUCAAACAGAUGUAAAAUAAAAAAAAGUACAUUACUUUUUAUGUUCUUUUUCAGCUGUUCUGUGGUAAACGAAUGAAUGAAUAUACUUUAUUAAUCCCAGAGUCAGUACUUAUUCCCAAACAGAGUACUGACAGAACCUGAGCCUUUACAGAUGUUGCAUCACACAUUAGAAAUGGAGGAAAAACUAAUGAAAAUGUAAAAUAAUUCAAGGACUGAUUGAAAAUUCUUAUUAAUUUGAACAAGGAUGAUUUUUUUUGGCCUAUGAUGUAAAAAAUAUUCACCCAUACCACAUAUAGCCAAUUACAGUAAAACUUAUUCUUUGCUUGCAUAAGCUAACGUGUGCAGAUUGCAAUUUUUUCUCUUGUCUUUCUGUUGGUCGUUUUAGUUUGUAUUGUCUUAAAUAUGACCGAACUGCAAACGAAUUUUGUAUUUUCUCUACAAAAAAAAUAAAAAAUGCUCAUAUUGUUGUUA